AUGUGGUGGACUUUAGUACUCCUUCUGAUAAACUCCGCGAAUUUUUCGUGGUGUAGUGGCGGUAGCAAUGGCAAGGUAAGUUCUCAUAGAUCGCAAACUAGUCUCCGUAGUUCUAUCUCUUCGACGAGGAUUCAUAACUCAGUCGUAGUUUUUUCUCUUUUCGAUAAUUGUUAUUCAUAAAUUUGUUUUGUAACAUUUUAAUUCUUUUCUUUGUACAGAGACUCGCCGAGCAUCCUUUACCGAGAUCUCUUCCUGAAUCAAAGCUAAACGACUUGGCCCAGAGAACAGAUUACGAUGCCUUCUACAGCGAUACUUUCAUGAAAGGACUUUACCACGUCCGAUACCCAGGAACACAGGGGCAUCAUAAAGUAAAAAUGGUAAGAGAAAGACGGUAAAGCUCACCUCCGUAACGUAUUCGAGUAAACAAUCAGGCUACUUGUCUCAAUUGCCGUUCGCGGAGUAAUCUUUGUUUAAACCAUAUGCAUCUUUUCUCCUCUCGAACCAUUGCGCUUUUAUUUGCGCUCUUCAAUUUUCACGAAUCGUAUUUCGAGUGAGUUUAUUUCCCUGUGGGAUCGUAUUGAAGUCCUUUCUACAAACAAUCGUAGUUCUUUACACUAACGUUACUGCUCUACCUGUUAAGUCAACAAAGCGAUCAAACAAAUCGAAGCGCGUUACGAAUUUUUUAUGCAUCGGAUUUGACAUUGAAAUACUUCCAAUAUUCGAACGUAAUACAAUAUUCUUUGUAUUGACACGGCUGUCGGUUGUUUUCCUUUCUAAAAUUGUUUUCGGAAGCAUUGCAAAACGGCUAUCUUCAAUUCAGUUCAGCUGUGCAUGUUAACCAGUGUUUAUCACAUCGCCUGAUCGAAACUAAAUAUCAAUUUUCAACCGCUAUCUCUCUCUUCUUGUGGUUUUCUACCUCGGGUCAGUUUGACUUAAUAUCGAAAUAGCGGUUAAGGAGAUUUUCACCCCAAAAGUAUUUCGGUCAUUCGAUUAUAAUCCCAUGAAAAGUAACACGCGGGGUGUAAGUCCAAAUAAUUGUAAUUUUGAAAAGAAUGGAAUUCCCCGAAGCAAUUCUUCUCCAUAAUUGCUUACAGCGCUAAUCGCGUUAACAGACAAUGAAAACAAGCUCAGCAAAAUUGGCUGGCUUUUAAAAUUUGUCUCACGCUGGAAAAAGUAGUGCAAUAAUUAUCCUGUAUUUCUUUGAUCUAAAAUUUUUAAUUCAACCAAGUCUGUAUGUUUGUGAUAGAAGGUGAAAUUUAUCUUUGGGGCCGUUUAGAGAAAAGAUCAUUAGAAUUUUGAAACAGAAAAAAAUUAUGGGAAAAAAAAGGUAGAAAGAGUUGAUAUAAGUUUGAUUCCCAAAGUCUAAAGAAGAGAAUCAUUUUAUGAAUUUUCUUUGAUAGUACUUUAAACUAUAACUACUGUGAAGAUAGAUUUCCACUUUGAAAUAAAUAUCAUUUCUAGAAUUAUAUAGUGCAGUUCAUGAGUAGAAUAACACUAUCAGAAACUCAAAUAGGGAAAGUUAUAAUUUUGUUUCCUUGUCUUCUUGGAAACUGGCAUGCCAUGCAAAUUUUUUAGUUAAAAUCUAGAAAUAAAUUAAAUGAAAAGAUUGAAGCUCAGUAUACAUUUCUGUAUUAUUUUUUGUAAUUUUUGAUAUCCUAUUGUGACCUUUUCUAUUCAAAACUCUCUAGAAAUUUAAAAAAUAGACAAUAGGGAAUUGUGUAUUAUCUCAACUUUAAAUUCAAAAUCAUUCCAUGUUUACAUUUAUCAAAUUAUCUCUAGAAGGAUUUUGUUCUAACAAACUGUGUACAUAAGGUUAGAGCAUCAAUAAAUCAAUGAAAGUGCUUGAUAUAUAUUUGUUUUCCAAGUCUUGGAUAUUAAUUUUGUCAAAUUGAGUAAAUUGGCAAAUGUAGGUUUUUGCUUAUUCUAUUUUAUCAUGUCAGGAUGUUAUUAGUUUUAUCAGGGGUAAUUUGUCAUAUUUAUGGAAAUGAAAUUCAAUUUUUUGAUUUAAUUUACCAUACGGUUAGCCACAAAUGAAAAUGAUUUGCAUCAAGUGUUACUUUUUCUUUCCUCAGAAGAGUGCUGUACAUCCUCUCCUACUUUGCUAAACAGUGUAAUACUUUUUUAGUUAGUUUUUUAAGCAUUAUGUAAUAUUUAACAACAAGUACUCUUGACAGUUAUCGAGUCUGUAGUUUCUCCAGUUUUAGGUCGAUAUACAGGGCACUCAACUCAUUUUUCUGGAAGUUUCCAUUUGGCAAACUAAGGUCAUAAAAUAUUUGCCAGAGAUAGAAUUUCAGUAAUGAGAAGAAAAAAUCAAAAAUAAAAGCAUUUUUGAGUUAUAAACUUAUGAUAAUCUGUUCAAAUUUCUGUUCAUUUCAACUAAAGACCAUACACUGUCAGUAUGAAAAUCUAAUUUCUUUGCUUAAAAAAGAUAUUAAAUAAACUUCAAGGGGAAGCUAAACUGUUCCAAUUAGAGUUAACAAUAUAAGUUAAAACUGGAAUCUUCUAGGACAGGAUUAUUUACAAUAUCAACAACAAUGACAAUGAAAUACCCUAUGUAAGAUGUACCCAGUAUGAAGUUUUUUUCAUAAAAGGUAAUUUAUCUUGAACUUCUUUUUCCCUUCUAAUUUGUUUGCAAAUCUUCAUUGCAGUUUAUAAAGAAAGCAUUUGAAGACCUCAACUGGACAGUCACAUUGGACGAAUUUGAUGCUCCUACUCCUUACGGUACUAAGCGCUUCACCAAUGUGGUUGCCACCCUUAACCCCAAUGCAAAAAGAAGGCUAAUGCUAGCUGCACAUUAUGACUCCAAAUACAUGCGUGACAGAUACUUUCUUGGUGCCACAGAUUCAGCAAUGCCUUGUGCAAUGUUAAUUGAAAUUGCCAGAAUUGUCACCCCUUUCUUCAAGGCACGGGAACAGCAAAAAGGGAACGUUCAUGCAGAUGAGGAUGAGGUAUGGAACAGUGUCCAAUUAUCCUUUUACACCCUAACAUGAAUAUUCAAAUUCUCCACACUUUUGUCUUUACAUUUCCUUUAGUACUGACUAAGGAGAAAUUGUUUAACAAUCAGGAACUUCUUGAAUUGAUAAUCAAUUCCUUUAUUCUCAUGAUCUUUAUAUUCAAAUCAAGAGUGAUGAUGUAAAGAGAAAUUAGAAGCCAGUCACACUUGAGGAAUAAAGGAUUGUAGAGAAUUAUGGCUAUUGUAAUUCCAGUUGAUUGUUGCCCAGCAAGCUAAUGUUAGCAUGAUGGGUGGCAAGUGAAGGUUCAACCCUUCAACUCCCAGAUCAAAUUUGUCAUUCUCCUUACUGCCAACCAGACAAUUCAUAUAAAUGUUAGUUCAGAAAACUUAGUAUUGGAUCAAUUAAUUAACCCCAAAUUUAUAUUUUUUCAUUAUUCUCAUCACUCAUCUGGUUGAUAUUGUAUUGAUAUUUCAAGGAGAAAUUCUGCCUUGGUCACUCAUGGGAGUUAAAGGUUUAAGGUCCAAGGAGGGUAAAAGAUAAAUGUGAGGGGGUAAAAAAGUGUGAUGGAAGAGAGGGGUAAGAGUGAAAGAGUACAAAGAGGGGUGAGGAAAAGGGAUGACACCUUUUAAUUUUUUUUUUCUUUAUAGCAAUCAGACACAACAUUGCAAAUGGUUUUCUUUGAUGGUGAAGAAGCAUGGGUUGAGUGGAGUUCAACAGACUCACUUUAUGGCUCUCGACAUCUUGCAGAGAUGUGGAGCAAUACGUCUCACCCACCAGAUUCAAAUACUACAAUGAUAGACACAAUUGUAAGUAAUUCUUACCUUAAAAUAUUUUUUUAGAGGACUGAGAUCCUUUGAUACCCAUGAGUGAUUGCUAUGUAGAUUGCCCUGAUUUUUUCAAUGCUAUUUCAAGUUGACUUUAGUGAGCUCAAUUUUUUUGUCAGUUGCCAUUUGAUGACUGAAAUCAUGAGAACUUUUACCAGAAAUAUAAAAAAAAAAUAUGAUGACUCCACUAAGUUAUACCAAAAAUGAAAUCUUACUUGGUAGUCACUUUCAAUCAAUUGUGGACAUGCCUAAAUUAAUUCAAGGCAGAAAACCAAUGGGAUAGAGGUUUAUUUUAAAAGAGAAGAGGACAUAACAUCAAUAAUAUAAUAUAAUAUAAUAUAAUAUAAAGUAUAAUAAUAUAUUAUGAAUGUUUAUCUUAGUUGUACACAAGACCAUAGACACAGAGUAAUUGAAAAACAUUAGCUUGGUACAUGCCCCUUCCCCUAGGUAGGCUAGGAUUGUUUUCAAGUUUCUGCCCAGCUGUUUUUACAGCUGCAUUGAGUGGAAUGUUGGUAAACAACAAUUCUACAUCAAAGGACACCAUGAUCUCUCUUUCUUGAAUCAUUCUGUCACUGACGGGAGAUACAGAGUGGGCUGAUUUGGGCAGCAUAAAAUUUGAGCAACUUGUUAACAGGGAUAAGAUGUUAGCGAAAUAAGCAGACAAAUCAUAUGCAAAGGUGUUUGUGCAUGACACAAUUGGUCUCAGAGGAAUAUCAGCUUUGUGAGUCUUCAGUAAAACUGUAGAUUCUAUCUAGGUGGCUGUUUUUGUUGUGGUCUGAUUUUGUUGAAGAUGGCCUCUGAUAGAUUUUUGAUUUGUUUUGAGGUUAGCAGUUUCUUAGAAAACUUCCUCCUUAGACUAAUCAUCAGAUCUUUGUUUAAGAGCUGAUAUUGUCCUUUUUUGAUGAGGACCAUAUCAGAGAAUACCUUGGUCUGAUAGGUGUCAGCGUGUAAGACUACACCAGCACAUCCUUAAAGUAAUGGAGAACCUUAAUGGCUGGUCCCCUUUCUAGUGUUUUAUGCAUCUCACAUUUAUUUUGUAACGUUAGCCUCUAAAUUAAGUGGUGAUCAUUUCCUUUAUUCUCAUGACCUUAAAGUUUGAUUCAGGAAUGAUAUCACAAGAAGAAAUUAGAUGCGAGUUGCUCUAAAGGGUAAAAGGGUUGAUUAGGAAAAUAAAUAUAUGGAAUUUUAAGGGUCAAACCAGUUUUCUGGCAGCUUUGAUCUGAAUUCAAUAUUAAAUCACUUUUGUAGUAGAAUACAUUUACAAUAUUAAAUCUCACUUUAAAAACUCUGUGUCAACUGUCUUGAAGUCUGCCAUCUUUUUGAUUCUCUAGAAGAGUGCAAGAAUUGUUUUUAGGAUUUUAAAGGCAAUUUGAUGGAUGUAUAAUAUUCAUCAAUGUUUUUUAUUUAAAACAUUAAUGAAUUAAAGACUCUAGAGCAUUGCACAUGCUUCAGUUCUCAGAAGGGUUCCUUCUGUUUAUGUUGAUUUGAAGUAACAAUUCUUAAUUUGUGAUUUGUUUUUUUCCAAAACAGAAUGCCAUGAUACUAUUGGAUCUGAUUGGUGCAGCUAACCCAGUGUUUUAUAACACUUUCAGAGAAACAAAUGAUUUAUUUGAGAGAUUACAGAUGAUUGGUAAGUGUCUUUCACUCUGAACAUGUUAAUUACAAACAGGAGAUUUACUUUGUGAAGCAUUUGUGAAAUGUAAUCAAGCUCCAUAUUUAGGAGAGCAGGGAUGAUGGAGUGUUAAAACCAUUCAAUAUUCUCUCUAUCCCAGGAGCUGGUGUCACAUGUGGUGUAGUUACAUUUGUCUUUACCCACCUAAUGGUUACCAAGCCUUAGAACAGGAGUGAGGCUAAGGUUGACCUCGUUAUGAUACAAACCUUGCUGCUUUUCAGAUGCAAAUUACUUUGUUAUUAUGCUAACUAGAUACUGGUCUCUAUCACAACAAGGUCACCUUCAACCUCACUCCAAAUCAAAGGCUUGGCAACUAAGUACACAGCUGUAAAAUGGCCUAUUGUUUCAUGGAAUAUUCAAAAUCAAAUGAAUUGAUACAAAUUUUAAGGCCUUCAAAAACAGUAUGAAGAAAAUUGACUUAAAAAAGUACUUUAUUUUAAAUUUUGGUUUAUGUGGAAUACCUGUGAAUUAGGUGGUGUGUCAUUCUAUUGUGUGAUGUCACACAUGAAUAGCUAAGCAUAUGACACAAAAAACUUGUAUUGUAUCGUAUACAAAACAUAGGGAAACAAAGAAGAGCGUGGCAGUAAAAGACAAUUUUGACUGAAAAAUCACUGCUACUGCACUAGAUGUAACAGACACAGAGAAAAAGAAAAUAACAAACCGUAAAAAAUGCAAAAUAAUACCUAACAUGUGAAACAGAAGAAGCCCACUUAGUAGAAAAAGCUAUAAGCUGAACAAAAAAACUGAACUAAGCAAAAAACUAAAGGCACAGAGAAAGACACUUACAUGAUCCUACAUGUGGGUUGAGUAUGAUGUUGAUUAUUGCUCCAGGACUCUAUAUAAACCAACACUCAAAAUUCUAAUUUUACCUGGAGAUAGAUGGUGAAAAAGAUCUUUUGGAUGUACCAUGGCUAAUUCUAUUUGUGAUAGUUAUUAUUGUCAUUUUUAUCAUGAUUGUUGUCAAUAUUAUUUUGCAUAUCAUUCUACACACAUCAGGGUCAGAGAAUUAAAGCAUUCCAUCCAAGACAAAAGUAACAUGAGAUUAUUAAACCUCUGAUGUUACUCUAAAGUGUACAAUUUAUAAUAAAAUCAUUUUGUACUUUUGUCACUUUUAACCAGAACGUCGCCUACUGAGCAACCAGCAGAUACAUAUACCACCUAACACCCAACAGCCAUAUUUCAUUCAAGGGCUAAUGGACAGAAGAUAUCUUGUAGAAGACGAUCACAUACCUUUCCUACGAAGAAGUAAGUAGUACAAGCUGUUAGAGAUUUCCUAGAUUGUGAACCCUGAGGAAAUGUUUAAUAUGUAGCCUAUAGAGUAUUCUCCAAGCUUCUUUCCCAAGAGCCAUCUCAUUGUCUCUAACUAAGUUUAUAUAGGUUGUAUGAGCCAACUGCUCACAGAAGAGUACAAAUAAUGUGCCAGUCAAAUACAAACAUCCUGCAUGGGAAUAUACCACACAGAUGAAUAGUGCUUUUUGCAUACACUAGUUGCUAGUUCAGAAGUGAACAGCAAGUACUGUAUUCACCUUUAAGUUUAACUGUCAGACCAUAUCUUGGUAUAUUGAAAGAUAAACUAAUCUUUUUGUAUCUGUAUGGUAUAUACUUAAAUGAUUAUAUACUUCAGCGUUGUUGAAAGUGGUGGAUAUUUAGGUUGCAGCUUUGCAGCUCGGUAAAUAUCCACCACUGUUCACCUCCACUUCAGUGAGUAAUUGUUAAAUAUUGUACAGUUAUUUGAGCAGUAAGUUAUUUUGUACUGUAAUCCAAUGCAAAAGUCAUGCAAGACCUGUCACAAACUGCCUCUCUAUUUGCUAAGCUUUUCCCACCUUAACCCUUUAACUCCCAAGAUCUCAUUAGUAAUUCUCCUUACCGACUCUCAUACAGUUCUUGUGAUGUUAGUUUUGAGAAUUUGGUAUUGGAUCAACUUAUAAUCCCUUAACUAAUAUUUUUCUUUAUUCUCAUCACUUGUCUGCUUGAUAUUGUAUUGAUAUUGUAAGGAGAAAUUCUGUCUUGGUCACUCAUGGGAGUUAAAGGGUGAAAAGAAACUUGCAGAUGAAAUGAAGCAGUUGGCUAAUCAAGAACUUAUUAGUUGUUUUGGUUUUCAGUUUUACUGAGUAUUACAAGUAUAAGGAGAUAUUAAAUGCUAGUCACUCUGAGGGGUGAAAUGGACUAAAAGAGUCUAGUGGUGAUUCUAACCCUUUAACCUGUAAGAGUGAUUAGCACCUAAUUUCUCCUUACAAUAUCAUCCCUGAAUCACACAUUUAGGUCAGGAGAAUGAAGGAAAUGAUCAUCAAAAAAAAAGAAGCUCUUGACUGUUAAACAAAUUCUCUUUGUCAGCACCUUAGGAAAUGUAGAGAGCAUAGUAUAGAGAGUUUGCAUACUGAUGUUAGGGUGUAAAGGGUUAAUUGAUUAUUAUUGCAAUGUUUGCAAAAUAUUUAUUUUAAUUUGACUUUAUCCUUUUUUAGAUGUUAAAAUUCUGCACUUGAUAUCACUGCCAUUCCCACCAUGUUGGCAUAAGGACUGUGAUGCUCAUGAAAGUAUUGAUGAUGAAGUUGUGAAGGACUUACUUAAAAUCUUCCAAGUAUUUGUGGUGGAAUAUUUUGGUCUUUCAGUGGUAUAAUGUAAGGAAAGUAUUGCUUGUGCAGCAACCAUUGUGAUUUAAAUUUCAGGAGCACUUCACGGUACCAUUCAUCCCACAAAAUAUUUUUGUGUUCUAUCACCCUACCAAACCAUUUUUUCACGAAAAGUGAAGAAAAAUAAAAUCCAAAGUCACUGAUUGACCAGCAAAAUUUGAAUAGUUGAAAAUAUUUUUAGUCACUAUAUUUUUAAAAAGAUGUGUUGAAGAUUUUGUUUUGAUUACAAAUUAUUUGUACCCAAAUUUCUUACAUGGUUAUGAUGAUGGAAAAAGGAAGUUUUUUUUAAUGCCCGAAAAAAAAAAAAAAAGUAAGCAGAGUCUGUGCUCAGUAAGGUUCU